AUGGAGGUGUGGAUUCCAAUGGGCAAAGAGGAAGCGGUCGCCUGUGGCAUUGACGUUGAUGCGGUGGAGGAGUCUGAGCGCUUGCCGGAUUGUGGUGUCUGGGUUGGUGUCGAUGAUCUCGAGGCAGCGCUGGCAGACUUGCCCGCAGGCCUGCAAGCCAGAGUGCAGAGCAAGAAAACCUACCCCGACGGGAGGCGGGCCAUGCUUCCCCACCAGGACGAAAGCAUAUUUCGAGCCAACGACGACCAGAGGUACGCGUGGUAUCUGGACGGCCAGCACGUGCCCGUCAAGAAGUCACAACAAGGCCAGGGGAUCAUGGUGUCGGGGACGAUCAUCCACAACCUCGGCUUCUUCUCGGCAUCGCGGGAACAGAUCAAGGAGGCGGAGCGCAACCGCAGGAAACGAUGCGCUGCCUCAGUUGCCGCGAAGCGGCGGGGGGAAAACGUGAAAGUCGAGAAGUUCCGCCCUACUAUCGACAUGCUGCACAAAGACGAGCACGGACGGUACUGGUCCCUCCACCUCUUCGAGUACUACGGCAAGAACAAGGAGGGAUACUGGACCGGGCUCAAGAUGCUGGACCACAUGUCAGACGUACUCGACGUGUUCACAGUUCUCUACCCUGAGCACAAGCCUGUAGACUAUGCCUUGAAGAGCAUGAACUUGGGUGUUGGUGGUGUGAGGAACGGAGAAGAGCUUGCGCCGAUGGACUCCGUGACCAUCCUCGAAGACACCCCGAACCUCCCAGCGGGCACGAUACAGCACUUGACUUUCCGGAGGGGAGACGCCCCCCCCUUCCACUCCCCCCAUCUCCGGCAGGCCGGGUAUGUCGGAAAGCUGAAAGGAAUGCGGCAGAUCUUGUGGGAGAGGGGGCUCCUGGUCAAAGGCAUGAGUAAGACCGGGGGCUCAGGCGAAAAGCAGGACCUCAGCAAGAGCAUGGAGCACGUUCUAGGAGAGCAGAAAGACUUCAAGGAAGUCGAUUCUAGUCUGGUGUUGUAA